AUGGCUACUCUCGCAGAACAUCCCAUGCAGCCGACUAUGAACGCCGCCUAUGACCAAGAUCUCGACUCCUUCAUCAACUUCGAUCAACUCGCCUACACAUCCGCCGACCCCGCCCGCCCCAAGGUCGCCCUUGCCAGCCAACCCUCGGUCGCUGGGACCGACUUCAGCACAAGCGACGCUCGCAGCGCCAGUUUCGCCUCCAGCGGUCAAUCUCCCAUGGCCUUCCAAGCCCCUAGUCAUCACUAUGAAGAACACCGCCAGCAAACUGGUUUACCCCCUGGCGCCCUGGCCAUGACCUACAACCAACAGGUAAACCACAUGGGUUUCGGAAACGCCAAUCCCGGCUAUCCCAUGAACGCCGAAAUGUUCCCACAACAGAUGAAGCGCGAGGACGCCCCAUUCGAUUUCAACACAGCCCCUGCCCGUAACCCAUCUGAGAUGGAGAUCGAGUCCGACGGCAUGACCAACACCCCUUACUACUUCCCCAACAACGCGAACAAGAACCAAUACAUCGAUCCCAACGCGCUCGGCGGCCAUGAGCUGGCUCAGGCUGGUCCUUCCACUCAGGUCGGUCGUAUGUACCCUGGUAUGCAUCAGCAGCAGGCUGCGAUGGCCAAGGCGGCGGCUCAGCAACAGAAGCAACACGAGAUGGUGCACCAGCAAGUGCCUCAGCGCCGCGUGGAAGAGAGCCCCAGCGCCCCGUCCCAUCGUGGUUCCCGUCAACCCGAUCCCGUUGUUGAGGAGCGCAUCUCCCAACUUCUUCACCAGAUGCGCCAAAAUGCCAUCGCCAACGGCGAGGCGUCCCCGUCCCCGUCUUCCGGCAUGCCUCAUAUGGCCAAGGCCAAGAAGGACGAGGCUGAUAUGGAUGAGGAUGAGCGUCUGCUCGCCAGUGAGGAGGGAAAGAAGCUGAGCAGCAAGGAGCGUCGCCAAUUGCGGAACAAGGUGUCCGCUCGUGCAUUCCGCUCUCGUCGCAAGGAGUACAUCGGUCAGCUUGAGAGCGAAAUUGCCUCCCGCACCAACGAGGCCCAUGACCUCCGCAUGCAAAACCGUGCCCUCUAUGAGGAGAAUGCCCGCCUGAACGACCUCGCCCGCAUGCUCCUGGGUUCGCCCCAUUUCUCCUCUUUCCUGAGCGACAUGCCCGAGGCCGUCGCCCCCCAGGUUCAAGCUCAGCAGGCACAAGCCUCCCGUCCCCAGCAGCCUCAGCAGGCUCCUGUCCCCAAGGAGGCCGCCGCUCCUCGUCCUCAGGAGUUUCAGAUGCAACAGAACCCCCAGGCCAACAUCAUGAUGGUUCCCCAACAGGGUAUGGAUGCCUCCAUGGCGAUGAAUAACGGUGGCUGGAACUCCGGUAUCGACAUGAACUUUGGCAACGCUUCUGUCUUUGCUGUUCUCGAAGUUCCCCAAGGCCCUACUCUUGACGCUGAGGUUUUGUCUGGCAAGUCCUCCUCCCCGAUCGAUCUCUCCGAGGGAUCCCCCAAGAACGAGGCCCCUGCUCUCGACCGCCCCGAGCAGUCGACCGAGAAGUCUGAUAUCGGUGUUGCCAACCCCGAUAUCGAGAUUGACGAGUCCGACCCCGCCUUUGCUCUCUUCCUUGAUUCCCCUUCUGUCGCUAUUUCUUCCGACGUCCCUGCCUUCGACGGUGUUCAAUCCGAGAAGGCUUCUCAAUUUGAGCUGGUGGUGGACUCUACCGAAGUCAGUGCCUCGGCCAAGAGUCGAUUCAACUCUCUCUGCCAAAAUAUGGAAGCCGCCUUCCAACGAGUGUCCUCUGUCACUUCUCAUCUUCAGUACCUGCUAAUCGCUCGACCUCCGCCUCCGCCUCCGCCCGCCAAAAAAAAAAGUCGUCCAACGUUGAGUCAACCUACACUUCUUCACCCCUCCACCUCCCUCUCAUGUCGUCUCUCCCCUUUCGCUCCCACUGAAUCUCCACCCACAGCCAAAUUGGCUUCUCUACAGACCAGCGGUACUUUCUUUACCGCGGCUUCUGGCGCACUCUCGCGUGCAUUUCCUCGACCGGCCAUCGCGACCUCCGUCCGCGUCGCCGCAUUUCAAACUAAGACAUACCCCAAAAGUCGAAGUCGAUCGGUAUCCAAAGCUACACAGCGCAAAGUCGCUGCUCAAACUUCUCGUUUCAAGUCUUUCCCACGAAAAGAACCUCCCACCCUCUGCGAACAGCGACAACACAAGUUUCGAGGCCUCGACCAGAGAAACAACAACCAGAACAAACGACACAUCGAUCCGAACACGCCUAUCGUCCCCACUAGUCGAGUUGGAAAGGCGGAAUACCUCCUCUGUGAACCUUCCCUCCUCAAAUUAGAAGAGCUUCCCCAGCCGUCCACCGCAAUCCACCCAAUGAAGUUCUACUGGCAGGCUUUGACGACCCCAACGGCCGACACCCCCGGCACGUUCCUCAAUCUACACUUCCCCGAGAAGAGAUACAUUUUCGGACAGGUGUCAGAGGGAACCCAGCGAGCAUGCGUUCAACGGGGAACAAAGCUUAGUGCCCACUUGAAUCAUCUUUUCCUGACAGGCCGCACGGAAUGGGCGAACAAUGGCGGUUUGAUUGGUGUCAUCUUGACUGUCGCAGAUGCAAGUGCGUCAACCUACGGUUCCAUAGAGACUGCUACGCGUGAAAAGAUGGAGCGCGCAGCCGAACGCAAAGCCACGGAGGCGCCAGGAAGAAAUCCGGGGCCGCUGAACCAAGCGAUCCCACGGGCCUGUUCGAUGCAGCCAUUGACAGGACUCAUCUGA